GAGGAAAGAAGGAGCUUUUACGCACAGAGCUCUUCUGCUCUGCUUGUUUUUGCCAACGUUUUAACGUGCGUAUUUGUGAAUGAAAGCGGUUGAGGAAGAGGAGGAGGCGCAGGUUAAGUGGACGCUGUCUCCAGUGCGUGGAUACCCUCAUUUAAUGCUCCAAAAGAAGACGCGUUUUAUCUGUGCAAAGUCCUUUCUUCGUGCAGACUUGUGCGCUGUUCUGGGGGGAGCUGCAAACUUUCUUCAUUUUUAAAAAUAAAUAAAAAGCUCAGAUUGCAUUCUUUCCUCCUUCAAACAUUUUAGAGGUGAUGUCAUCGGCCCGUAUUUUGGCUGCUGUUGCGCUGGCGCUCCAGGCAGCGGGCAGCGGUUGAGUCCGGGAAAUCAGGUGCAGAGAGCGACUGUCGCUGCUGGCUGCGAGCGUGUGACACUCACCCGCACCACUUUCUGUGUCGUUCCUAUUGCUUUUACGCCACAUCCUCUGAGCUGGAACGCUCCGGACUCCCUGACGUUUCUCUGCGUUUUCAGUCUAGUGGACGCUUAAACCCCACUGCAGGGCGCAGCAGCCAUGACCGAGCCCGCUGCACGGAACCCGGAGACCAGCUCGCCGCCACCGCGUCUUCAUCACUCCACUACCCCUGUCCAGGUGACCUGCCUCCCACGGCGCGUUAUUAUGCCCGUAACGGGCCAGCACUAAAACACACGACCCCCUUCCACUCCUGUAUGCGCAUUCCAGAUACAUUUUUUUCAGUUUGAACCAUAUUUGUAAGCUUUCUGUGGAAGAACAUUUCCGACAGGCGAGUUUGUGAAUGUAACGCCUCAGACUGGAAAGUUACGCUUGGACAGACUACUUGGAAAUACCGGGCACGAAUCUGAUUCUGAAAGUUUUUACGAGUUUUCACGGAAACGGCGCAUAGGUGUGUGUUGUGUUUGAACUUCAAUUCACCUGUUCCCCAGACUCGGGAGGACACAGCUGCGUACCGCUUACUGCCAGUUACCAACCUCCGCGCGCCGCAGCCACCCGUGAAGACGGUGACGCGCGCCCACCCCCUGACCCUGAGCCGCCCGUUACCGGGGAAGAGAUGCAGUCAACCGGUGCAAUCGGCAACCUCCGAGCACCGUGCAUUUAUACGGAUUAAACAAACAAUACAGACGUAAAGCUGUGACCCGGAGAGCCGUUUCUCGAGAGCGCACGGAGCCACUCGGACACGGAGGAAGCGAUGUGGGCCUUUCUCUCCACGCUGGCUGUCGUAUAUAUCCAGAUGAUGCUGGUCAUGUGUGAUCCUCUACAGGUGUUUGGAGUGGAUGGGGUGAAUUUCAGCGUGCACGUUGAGAACCAGACUCGUGCACGAGACGCCAUGAGUCGACGACAUCAUCGGGUGUACCAGCUGUACAGCCGCACCAGUGGGAAACACGUCCAGGUGCUGGGACGCAAGAUCAGCGCGCGCGGAGAGGACGGAGACAAAUAUGCCCAGCUCGUAGUGGAGGCCGACACCUUCGGCAGCCAGGUGCGAAUUCGAGGGAAGGAGACCAACUUUUACCUGUGUAUGAACCGCAGGGGGAAGCUUGUGGGCAAGAAGGCCAGCAAUCGCAAUGAGGACUGCGUCUUCGUAGAGAAGGUUUUGGAAAACAACUACACUGCUCUUAUGUCAGCGCGCUACACGGGCUGGUACGUGGGCUUCACGAAAAGGGGUCGUCCUCGCCGUGGCCCCCACACGCUUCCCAAUCAGCAGGACGUUCACUUCAUGAAACGCUUCCCACCCGGAGAGCAGCCGGACCUCACGCCGUUCCGCUAUACAACCGUCAGCAAGAGGACCAAGAGAGUUCGUGCGGCACGGCCACGCUAACGUCCGGAACCCCUAGAAAAAGGACUAGAAACAAACAAAGGGACCAUCCUACAUCACAGCCCAUCAAAAGGACACUGCUUACCCAAAGCAGGACUGGUUGUGGUAGGCAGCUCCCGCCUUAAGUUCCUAUCCGUGAUAACAUCACUCCAUAUUCAACUGGGUUGAACCUCGUGCGACCCUACUCAUAAACACUAGCUGAUUUACACCAGAGCUGUGGUUUACAACAGCUCAUUUAUGACAUGGAGAAAACUAACCAAAGUAAACACGACUGUACGGGCAGAGGAAGCAUUAGACUGCUAAUCCACCCAGCGACCCACAAUCCCGCAACGGAGAAACGAUCCUCCCAACGCUAAACAAAACACAACCACACUGGCCUAUAGACGCUGAUCGUGUUGCAAUUUUCCUAAGACAAGACUUCCAUUCCUGGACGUCAUCCCGCCUGAGGGAGAGGGGCAGAUAGCCCAGAAGCUGGAGAAGUCGUAAAGGGACACAAAUUGAGAGAAACAAAUAUGAGGGAAAGUCGACUGCUGGAAGCUCCUUCUGAUAAGACCUGCCUUACAGGAAACAUUCACUUUAAAUAUAAAUAACAUGUCAUGAUUUACUCGCCCUUAUGUCGAUGCGACUCGUGUGAUCUGCUUUAUUCUGUGGAAAUUAAAAGGAGAAUUUUUUAAGAAGCCUUUCAUAGAUUCAUACACUAGUGGCCAACAGUGAUGAGGUUGUAUGGGACAAAAAACUUUUAGAAUUAUCCAGCAAAAGGCAAACUACAGCAUAUCAAGGAAUGUUGCUUUUAUCAAAACAUACAAAAAAAUGCAUAGAAACAUUAAAAGCGGAUAUAAAAUAAAGCAAACGUUGACUACAGUUUUAUGGUUCAUUGAUAUUUUGUUAAUCUCGUCAUUCUCUUUGGUUUUGACUCAAUAAGAUAUACAUUUCUUUUAACAGUUUUAGCCUCAACACACAGAAAAGUAUUCAUCUACCUUUGAUCAAAAAUAAAAAAGAGCAAAUAUGUCAAAUUUGUGGGACAUCACGUUUGGCCACUACUGUAAUGUAUUCAUCUCAAUAACCCAGCGCAAAAUAAUUCACACGCGUUUAGACACAAGAAGCGAGAAAAGGACCCAAUUGUCUACAAGCAGCUUCUACUCCAUUUUACUAUAUGCAUCCCAUUGCAACACAUUUAAUUGCAUUGUAAUGUUGUUUGUCCCCCUUCAUGACCAAAUUUUUAAAACGACAUGACUGAGUAAAUAAUGACAUUAUAUGAAUAUCCGAGUGAACAGUUUCUUUAAAGCUAACGAGUGAAUGGAUGUAAUGCUGUAUAAGUGCGUGUGCAUGUGUGUAAUUACAUAAGAGUAAUAUCUUUGGUUACAUCAAGACCACGGGGAUACAAUCACACAAAAGACGGUCAUUACUGGGACGGAUGGAAUUUACUACAACUGGAAUGUCAAAGCUGAACCAAAUACUAUUGACCAAAGACACGUGGUAACCAAUGACAGUACAAACCCUUCACGCUGCUCCCACGAGAGAAGAGCGGGGGGGAAGGGGAUGGGGGGUUGCCACGAAACGACACGAGGAGCAACGUUCCUGUUUGGGUCCAUGUGGAAUGCUGCUACUGGAAAAUCUAAUGGAGAACCAAAGUCUUAUACCAGCUCAUUAAAGGGAAACCAUUAAAAACCUUUUUUUUCCUAAAUAUAAAUAUAUGAAAAUUAUCUA